CGUUAGUGAGGCGCGGGGUGAAGAGAAGGAUCUGAAGCCCUGCCUGGGGCCACGGGGCCGACGAGGGGAGCGGCGGGGGCUGCGAGGCCGCAAAGAUGGAUACUACAAUGAUGAAUUUGUGGACUCUGUUUGAGCAGCUUGUGCGCCGAUUGGAGAUUAUCAAUGAAGGAAAUGAAAUCCUUGGAUUCAUCCAGUUGGCGAAGGACUUUGAGGAUUGCCGGAAGAAGUGGCAGAGAACAGAACACGAAUUGGGGAAACACAAAGAUCUUUUGAUGAAAGCAGAUACUGAACGUAGUGCUCUGGAUGUUAAGCUGAAACAUGCUCGUAAUCAAGUGGAUGUAGAGAUCAAACGGAGACAGCGAGCUGAGGCUGAAUGUGCAAAGCUGGAACGGCAGAUUCAGCUGAUUCGGGAGAUACUCAUGUGUGACACAUCUGGCAGCAUUCAACUAAGUGAAGAGCAAAAAUCAGCUCUUGCUUUUCUCAACCGAGGCCAACCAUCCAGUGGCAAUACUGGGAACAAUAGACUGUCAACCAUUGAUGAAUCUGGUUCCAUUUUAUCAGAUAUCAGCUUUGACAAGACUGAUGAAUCACUGGACUGGGAUUCCUCUUUGGUCAAGAAUUUCAAAAUGAAGAAGAGAGAAAAGAGGCACUCCAGCAGCCGACAGUUUGCUGAUGGCCCCCCUGGCCCUGUAAAGAAAACCCGUUCCAUUGGCUCUACAGCAGACCAAGGGAAUGAAUCCAUAGUUGCGAAAACUACAGUGACUGUUCCCAAUGAUGGUGGGCCCAUUGAAGCUGUGUCCACUAUUGAGACACUGCCGUCGUGGACCAGGAGCCGAAGGAAAUCAGGUCCUUUACAACCUGUGAACAGUGAGUCCACUCUGAAUAGCAGACCCCAGGAGCCAAGAACUGAAACAGACAAUUCAGGCACACCACAGAAUAAUGGAGGGAUGCGCCUGCAUGACUUUGUCUCUAAGACAGUUAUUAAACCAGAAUCCUGUGUUCCAUGUGGAAAGCGGAUAAAAUUUGGAAAGCUGUCUCUUAAGUGUCGAGAUUGUCGUUUGGUCUCUCAUCAAGAAUGUCGAGACCGAUGUCCUCUUCCCUGCAUUCCUACACUGAUAGGAACACCUGUUAAGAUUGGACAGGGAAUGUUGGCCGAUUUUGUUUCUCAGACUUCCCCAAUGAUACCUGCCAUUGUUGUCCACUGUGUUAAUGAGAUUGAGCAGAGAGGCCUGACUGAGGCAGGCUUGUAUAGGAUCUCAGGCUGUGACCGGACAGUAAAAGAGCUGAAAGAGAAAUUUUUCAGAGUCAAAACUGUACCCCUCCUCAGCAAAGUGGAUGAUAUCCAUGCCAUCUGUAGCCUCCUGAAAGACUUCCUUCGAAAUCUCAAAGAACCACUUCUUACCUUUAGGCUAAGCAAAGCCUUCAUGGAAGCAGCAGAGAUAACAGAUGAAGACAACAGUAUAGCUGCCAUGUACCAGGCUGUUGGUGAACUGCCCCAGGCCAAUAGAGACACAUUAGCCUUUCUCAUGAUUCACUUGCAGAGAGUGGCACAGAGCCCAAACACAAAAAUGGAUGUUGCCAAUCUAGCCAAAAUCUUUGGCCCUACAAUAGUUGCCCAUGCUGUUCCCAAUCCAGACCCGGUAACAAUGUUCCAGGACAUCAAGCGUCAACUCAAGGUGGUGGAGCGCCUGCUUUCACUGCCUUUGGAAUACUGGAAUCAGUUCAUGAUGGUGGAACAGGAGAACAUUGACUCCCAGCAUGGUCUUGAAAACUCGACACCACGGACACCAGAUGUUAAAGUGAGCUUACUGGGGCCCGUGACCACUCCUGAAUUUCAGCUUGUCAAGACUCCUUUAUCAAGCUCCCUGUCACAGAGAUUCUCCUCCCUCUCAAAGAAUACUCCCAGAUUUGGGAGCAAAAGCAAGUCUGCCACCAACUUGGGUCAACAAGGCAAAUUUUUUGCUACUCCGUAUCUCAAGUAAAAUCAUGUUCGCCUCUUACUUCCUACCAUUUACUGACUACAAGAAAGGGCACAUCUGCUUUUUCUGCUCUGUAGCUUCCUGUGUACAUUAAUACUUUUAGCAUUUCCCAGGUAUUAAAUAAAGUUUAAUUGUGCUGAG